AUGAGAGGGAAAAAGCAAACAGAAUUUGUUCUAUCAGAUGAAGAGAAAAGAUCUUUAUAUGAUCGCUUUGGUGAGUCAGGUCUACAAGGAGAGAAUGAAGGACCCGCCAGUGCCUCAGGGGUUGAUCCUUCUGAUUUAUUCGACGCAUUCUUUGGUCGUUCGGAUGGACUAUUUAGUGAUGAAAGGGGCUUCGGCUUCAAUAUGAGAAACGAUAGAAACCGCCAUGAUAUUCGGUAUGACCUGCGUUUGAGCUUUGAAGAGUCUAUUUUUGGAGGAAAGAGAGAGAUAGAAGUUUCUUGUUACGAGACAUGUAAUAGUUGUGAUGGUACAGGAGCUAAAUCAAAGAAUUGUAUUAAAAAAUGCAUACAUUGUGGUGGCAAAGGCGGAGAGAAGAAAACCGAAAGAACGCCGUUUGGAAUGAUGUCUCAGGUGUCUACAUGCUCUAAGUGCGGUGGUCUCGGCAUGAUAAUCACGGAAAGCUGUCGAAAGUGUGAUGGCAAUGGUCAUGUGCAAGCUAAACGAAAAGUGGAAGUGGCUAUUCCUCCUGGCGUCAGUGAUGGAGACACAAUGCAAAUUCGAGGAGAAGGGAAUUUUGAUAAGAAAAGGCAUUAUACUGGGGAUCUUUUUGUUGUCCUCCAUGUGGAUGAAAAGCGAGGAAUUUGGAAAGAGGGUCUCCAUUUAUACUCAAAGAUUAACGUUGACUUCACAGAGGCAAUUCUAGGGUCUGUUAAAAAGGUAGAAACGGUUGAAGGUUUAAGGAAUCUCAAAAUUCCUUCCGGGAUUCAACAUGGACAUUCAGUGAAACUAUCACGUUUGGGAGUUCCAGACAUGAAGAAACCAUCUAUCCGAGGCGAUCAUUACUUCGUUAUAAAUAUUCUUAUUCCAAAAGAUAUCAGUGGCACGGAACGCACACUUCUUGAGAAAUUAGCUUCGUUGAGAGCAUCUAGAGAAGGCCGUUCGUUUUCUUCUGAUAACAGUGGAAAAUCUAAAGGAAAAUUCGAUGAUUUCCUGAUGAAGAAGGAUACAGAAAGUGAUGCCUCAAGCAAGGGAACUGAAACUGCAAAGUCUCUUUGGGGAUCAAUCAAGGACUUCUUAAGGAAAGGAAACUCUGAAGAAAGGUUUGCAUCAAUUAGCCAAGAUACAUCAACAAUGUUGUGGAGAUUUGACCACCAAAACUAUUUAGUUCCACAUACCAUUUUUGUUGUUCUAUUUAUAACAUGGAUUUUUAAAUCUAUAGCAAAGUCUAAGAACUUGAAAAGAACCUAA